GUCAGUCUCAGAUGAGGUGGAGUGGAAGAGUGUCUGUAUGUACAUUUGUCUCUCUGCACCUGCCGCUGUGUUGAUGUAUGUCUGAGUCGAGCACUGAGGGCCGUUCAUCUGGGGAACAUGUUCAGCCUUAUCAAGCUUCAGCGUGUCUUCAAUGUCCACCAAGUGCCUAAAGCAUUUCAGGAGGACAGCAUCAUCUCUGGAUAUCGACACCCCCGUAGUUCAGCCACAGACUGUGUGUUUAGUCUCUUUCAGCUCACCAAUGAGACCCUCAAUGUCUGGACACACUUUCUACCAACAUGGUAUUUUCUCUGGAAGUUGAUGACAGUGUUGUUGAUGGAGGAUGCGUGGUACGAUACGUACACAUGGCCUCUGCUGGUCUUCUUGUUCUCCUGCUGUGUGUAUCCUCUGGCCUCCAGCUGUGCCCACACCUUCAGCACCAUGUCUACCCGCGCUCGCCACAUCUGCUACUUCUUUGACUACGGAGCGCUCAGCCUGUACAGCCUCGGUUCAGCGAUCAGCUACUCUGCAUAUGUUUUUCCUGACGCAUGGGUGAACGGCACAUUUCAUGCAUACUACAUUCCUGCAGCUGUGCUAAACACCAUCCUCGCAACCAGCAUGGCCUGCUACUCCAGGCUUGGCAUACCAUUCCUUCACUAUAACCAUGACACCGAUGAAAGAUACCUGGAGAGACAGAGCCCACGGCUGAGUAAAGUGUUGCGAAUUCUUGCCUUUGCCUACCCUUACCUGUUUGACAACAUUCCUCUCUUCUACAGGUUGUUUCUGUGUGUAGGUGAGGGUUGCACUGAUAAUGAAGCAAACUCCAUUCAUGUUUAUCACACAUUGCUGGCUUUUCUCACCAGCUUCCUGUUUGCAACACACUUACCUGAGAGACUGGCACCUGGGCGCUUUGAUUACAUAGGCCACAGCCAUCAACUGUUUCACGUGUGUGCAAUAAUUGGGACACACUUCCAGAUGAAGGCCAUUGAAGCUGACAUGGUGCUGAGACAGCCACAGCUGCUGGUCGCUGCUCCUCCUAUCACGUUUAAUAACACUGUUGGAUCGGCUCUGGCUUGCGUCUGCAUCAGUCUGGGGAUCAUAUGUCUUUAUAGUCUACCUCUGUUGUACGGCUCCUCAGAAACACACCCAACAAAAACUGAAGGAAAGAAAUGCAAGCACUAAAUGCUACUUGAGACAGUUACAACGGUUAUUAUGAAAAUAUAUCUAGGACGUUCUUACUGGGUAUUACGUUAUAAAAA